CCAGUCGUCUACUGACUCACUGAAUCAUGCAGAACGUGGGUUGUCUUUUUCCAUAUCAUGUGAGCGAAUUAACCGAGAACUCCAGCCCGUUGGAGUCGGCCCAUCUCCUCGAGUCGCGGUCCUCUUCCUCACCGAGUCACGGCCCGUUUACCCCUCGCUUUUUCUCCGACCCGACAUACACCACCAAGCUAUCUACAUAACUUCAGUCUGCGUGUCUUGACGACGUUGAUAGCUAUUCUCGCCACGUCUUCAUCCUUGAUUCUCACCAUAUCUUCAUCCUCUCUAUACAUCCCUCCGUUCCGUAAAAGAACCCCUCCAUUGACCAUCGGGGUAUUUCCGAGCUCCCAACAUGGCUACCACCACCGUCCCAACAUGGCUUCACAAGCUAGAGGAACAAGUCAACGUGGACGCCGACGCAAUGGACCCGGAGUUCAUCAAAAGUCUGCCCAUCGUCCCCCAUGACAUGACAAGCAACCAGAUCCACGUCCACGGACGAAUGAGCGAUCCCAGCAACAGGCAGCUCCUUCUUGACGUUGCCCGAGAAUACAAAGAUCGCGACUGGUUAGCUGUCUAUACUCGUGCUGCCGUCCUCCUCUGCAAGAAGAACAUCGACCUGAUUCAAGGCCGCGUUCUCCUGCAAGCAUCGCCUUCGCAGGCCUACAAUGCCCAGAAAGUCCUUGAGCACGCUCGCCUCUACGCCAAGGAAUUCGAGUCCGUGGGCAUCUCAAAGGACCGCUUCUGCAUUAAGAUCCCCAGCACCGGCCCGGCACUGAGUGUCUGUCCUAUCUUGGAAGCCGAGGGCAUUCGAACUCUAGGCACGGCUGUUUUCUCGCUGGCGCAGGCUAUUGCGGCUAGCCAGGCUGGGUGUUUGUUUAUUAGUCCUUAUUUCAAUGAGAUUCGAGCAAACCUUGACCUGAGCCUCUGGCCAAACGUCGAGGACCCAGCAACGCAGCACACCAUGUCCGCAAGACUCAUCCAAAUGCUCGAGACCUACCGCCGCCUAUACAAGGAAACCGGCAAGCCGCAGCCUCUAAUCAAAAACGCCAACUUCAUAAGCGCCAAAGAAGCCCUCGCACAAGGCGAAAUCGGCGUGGACUCGGCAACUGUUUCACAAGAGGUUCUCGCUGAAUUGGCAAAACUCCCCUACGACGGGUCCUCCCGGCCACCGGGAGUCAUAGACGUCCCGAAACCCGCGUACCCCGAGCACCAGAACUCGGUGUCGGCGACCCCGAAGCGCCUUCAGCAAGUGGCGGGUGCUGAUCCACUUGCGGCAGCCGAUUGGGAUGGGAAGCUUGCGAGCACGGAUAUUGAUUACCUCGCGAAUGACGGGGCGAAUCUGGAGAGUGCGAUUUCGGCGGAUCCGAUUGCGAGUGCGAGGAUGAGGGAUGCGCUUGGUUUGUUUGUCAAGCUUGAGGGGGAGAGUAGGGAGCUUAUUGAGGCGGUGUUGAAGGAGGUUUCUUAGACGUACACGGCUUGCACUUAGAUAUAAAGUAUAGAAUUUCACUGUGCAUUGAAUCCUAGAGUCUCAUGGAUAUAUUCACAGGCUAGGCUUAUUCCCUUUCCAAUUGGCUUCAUAUGAUAUACUAUAAUAUAAAUCACCGCGUACACCUCUCCUCAGCGGGCCUGAACCCAACUCCUAACCCCUCCAUAACCAUCCUCUCACGCUCCUCCCAGGUCUCACCUCCAUGCUCAAGAUCAAUAACCUGCCCACCAGUCGUGCGCUCCCUCACCCCGCUGGAAUCAAAUUUCCACCCACGCGAUUUCUUCGC